AUGUUCACACGCCAGCAACCACGCCGUGCCCACAAUGGCGGCGGCGGCGCGGACGGCGCAGCACCCAACAGCAGUGUCAUGGCGGUGGCGGCGGCAUCGCGCACGGCCAGCAUCAGUCGCAGCAGCUGCAGCUCACCAGCGCACUCGGAUUACAGGCUCGACACUGACUUCCUCAUCUGGCGGCAGCCUUCCCCCGCGCGCUCGUUUCUCCUGUCCUGUCGCCGCAUCUCUCUUGAAAAGCUGAACAAGAGGGCCCAGGCAGCCAUGUUCUACACGGCCAGCAACCACGCCGUGCCCACAAGCGGCGGCGGCGGCGCGGACGGCGCAGCACCCAACAGCAGUGUCGGCGGCGGUGGCGGCGGCAUCGCGCACGGCCAGCAUCAGUCGCAGCAGCUGCAGCUCACCAGCGCACCCGGAUUACAGGCUGUACAGGUUCAGGUGCCGGUACAGCUGCAAGUUGGCCAGCAGAAUAAUUACCUCAACCAGGCCCUGUAUCAGCAGUGUGCGCUUUCAGUGUAUAUUAUCAUUUUAACAGGCGGAAGCGCUGGUACAGGCGCAGCAGCAGCUGCUGCAGAGCACGAAAUCCUCGCACAAGAAGCAGAAGAACGCCCAGAAGCGGCCCAUGACGGCGUACCAGCUCUUCAUCCGCGAGCACUUCAGCCGGCGCCAGGGCGACACGGCCGGCAUGCACGCCAAGGACUUCCUGUGCUGAAGUUGUCCGGACUGUGGAAGGCGCUGGAGCCGGAGGAGAAGAAGGCCUACCAGGAGCGCGCCAAGGCCGAGAAGUCGCGCCGGGAGAACGAGGCCGGCGGCGGCGGAGGUGGGGUGUCGGAUUACUCGAUGCUGCCGCUGAACGGCGCCCAGCUGGACCUCUCCGGCGGCGUUAACGGGUCCGGGAUGCGGGGCGGACCGCCGGAGAUGGACAGCCGGAUGGAUCUGGGGCUGGGCGGGAUGCACGCGCCCCCGGGGGACGGCUUCGGGAUGGGAGACAUCAAGGUGGAGGAUGCCGACGGGGAGGGCAGCGAGAUGCCGCACGGGAUGCCCGGCGGUAUGCAUGAGGCCAUGGAUAGCGGCGGCAACUCAUAAUCCUCAACUAUUCUGGAUCCUGGUUAGUUCGUACCUCCGAAUUAUCGUGCCGGAAGUGUACUGACUCCUGUUGGCCAGUUCCUCCGCAACUGCGACAUGUACAGGGUGCUGGACUGCGCCGCCAAUCAAUAGCCAAAGAUGUUCUCUUCCAAAUCGCGAGGGACGCUUGUGCGCUCUCUCACCUCACUCUUUGACUUGCAGUGUUCGCUUCUUCCGGGCUCUCUUACUGUUCUAAGCCGAUUUAUGAUAAACAGGGUAGUGUUAUCUGCAUUAUGCAUUGGUUUUACUGUUUUGUUUUGUUUUUUUUUGUCAUUUCGUGCCAAAUGCCGGGUCAGCAUACGUUGAAUUAGUAUGUUAAUGAUGUGACGAAGAUCUGUUGGUAUAAAUAUUGAAACUAUGA